CUCUCUCUCUCUCUCUCUCUUUCUCACGACUCCUCUUUGGUUCGCUCCCCAUUCUCCUCCCAUUCGAUUCUUCGUGUUAUAUGAGAUUGCGUUAGCUCUCUCCCUCUCUCUCUCUCUCCAUAUGUAGAGCACGGCGAUAUCUACGAGCAUGUGUUUGGUCUCGUUCUCCUGUUUAUAUCUCUUCUUGGUAGUUCCAAUUAAUGGGUUUGGCUUAGUUGUGUUUGUUUUGCUUGGGAACUUAUUAAUCGAUGCGUGUCUCGGUGUAAUGAUCAAUACCCAUUUGCUCAAUCUCUGAUCCGUGAGAAAUUUGGAUGCUUUUUCUUUUGAGUAAGAAGUUACCAGGUUAAAAAUUGCUGCUUUAUCCUUCGUUGAUGGCUUUGAUGAUAAAUUUGUGCGGCUCACAGCGGAGAUCAUGGUCAAGAAUUGUUCUUGAUUUGAAAUGUGAUUGCUUGAGAUGGAUCCUCCUGAACAAGAAAAAGGUGAAGAGCAUAAUGCAGAGACAUCUUCUGAUGAACUGCGAGUAUACCCCCGCAUAGGAGAUCAGCACCAGGUGGAAAUUCCUAAUAUGGCAACAGAAGCCGAAUCCGUCCAGCUAAUAUUAAGUUCAACUGAUAAUAACAACAUUAUCGGUUUUGACUACACAUUUGGAUUAGGAUUACCUAUUCCAAUAGUGUGUAUUCAGAAUUCAAGCCAUCAAAAUGUAGAAUAUAGUCUGCUGCCUAAUUCACCAACUUCGACUUGGAGUGAUGCAGAGGCACAAAGUUUUCUCCUUGGACUUUACAUUUUCGGUAAAAAUUUAAUUCAGCUGAGAAAAUUUCUGGGCUCUAAGACGAUGGGAGAUAUAUUAUCUUACUAUUAUGGAAAAUUUUAUGGGUCCGAUGCCUAUUGUAAAUGGUCACAGUGUAGAAAAAUAAAAAGCAGGAGAGGUAUAAUUGGGCAGCGUAUAUUUACAAGUUGGAGACAACAGGAGCUAUUGUCACGCUUGAUGCCUACGAUACCAAUAGAAGCACAACACCUUCUGUCGGAGGUCAUUAAGACAUUCAAUGAGCGCAAUUCUUCUUUUGAGGAAUUUAUCUUUGCUUUAAAAUCCACAGUUGGUAUGCAACUCCUUGCAGAAGCCAUUGGAAUUGGCAAAGGUAAAACGGACCUGACUAAAGCCAGAUCAGAUCCAUCUAGAAGAAAUAAUCAAACUAGCUAUACCCCGUCUGAAAUGCCUAUUGGGAAGGCUUGUUCCUCGCUCACACCCAAAGAUAUCAUCAGAUUUUUAACAGGUGGGUACAGAAUAAGCAAGGCAAGGUCAAAUGAUCUAUUCUGGGAGGCCGUCUGGCCACGCUUGCUUGCGAGGGGUUGGCAUUCUGAGCAGCCAAAAGAUCAACUCAUUGCUGGCUCGAAAAGCACUUUAGUAUUCCUCAUACCAGGUAUUAAGAAAUUCUCGAGGAAAAAACACAAGAGAGGGAACCAUUAUUUUGAUUCUGUUAGUGAUGUCUUGAGCAAAGUAACUUCUGACCCACGGCUUCUUGAGUUAGACGUUGAAGAAGUUACAGGUAACAAAGUGGAUAACAAAUUAGACCAAAAGGUUCAUCCUGAUGACCAUCUUUGCGGCUAUCUACAACCCAAACUGCAAAUUUGCAAUUCUGGAUUAACGAAAUUCACUAUUGUGGAUACUAGUUUGGCUCAGGGAGAAGGACCAUUCAAGGUGAGAGAAAUGCGGGAUUUUCCUGUUGAUGCAACUUUUAAGUAUGAGCCUUCGAAUCAUUUUGGUAAAUCACAGAGCAAUAGCUCAGAAGAGCAGUACAGCUCAGAUGUGAGUUCUUCAGGUUCAGAAGUAGGUACCGAUCAAGAUAUCUCUGGUGACGGUAAUAUUGCAGCUGUUUCAAGCCAAACGAUUCCUAUUUGUGCUAAUGUUCCCGGCAAUCCAUGCCUAGAUGUGUUGAAUGAUACUAGUUCGUUAAAGGAUAUAAAGUGUCAGUUGAAACAAAGGGCGAAAUCUAGGCAGCAAGUUUAUUUAGCUCCUGUUUCAAAGCGAAGAAGAUUAGCAGCUGCGAAGUAUGAAGAAGCUGCCCACCAUAGUUUUUCUUCCUCAGAAGGUCACCAGCUGACAGAGGGUACUAAGAAUGAGAGGGGGUUGCCCGAAGACAGUAAAGAAAGUGCGCAAGAUGAGAAGAAGAGAGAAGAAUCGGAGAAGAAGCCUUUAGCUCGAGCUUUGUUUGAUCUGAAUCUACCUUAUGUACUGCCAGAUAAUGAGACUAAUGAAAACUUGUGCAUGCCUUUAGACAACCAAGAUGAGCAAAAUAAAGAUAAAGGUGCAAGCCUAGGAGAAAGAGCCAAGGAAGAGCUUUCUGGGGGCCAAUCUUUGUUGAGCUCUCAAAGGCAGAGCACCAGAACCAGGCCACCAACUAGGAGAGCUUUGGAAGCUCUUGCCAGUGGUCUUCUCGGGACAAAGCGGAGAGGUAAAGGAAUGAAGGCCGCAUAAGAUAGGCUCCUUCAGUAACCACUUCUCCAGCUGAGCAUGCAAUUCGCGUGGAAGCUUGGCACCUGUUCGUUCCCUUCAUACUCAUACUUUUAAUUCCAGGAUUGAAGAUUUGAGCGGCACAGUAGAUUGUUGGCAGAAAAGCAACCCAUAACAUGCAAUCUCGUUUAGCGAGUCCUCUUCAAGAAUUGGAACCUUGCUCUAAUUGUUAUCUUGUUCAAGAAUUGGAGCUGAUGACGCCACAGCAGCACCUACUCUAUAGGCAUGCUCUCUCUUUCUCUCCCCACAAAGGAGCUGCACUUAGAAAUGGUUAAAGAGAAAGUCUGAAUCUUAGUGAAAAUGCACAGAACCCUUUCGAACUGUCAAGCUUUUACGGAUGACUACCCAAACUUUCAAAAGAUAAAGGCUACCCAAACAAUCUAGCACUUCAAUCAACUACCUACCCCCUAAUUUCUAUAUUUUCUGUUGAAGACUAUUGUCCCAUAAAAUAUUCACAAUUUACUUCUCUUCUUUUAAAUGCCUAAAAGAGUUUUGGUCAAUUGAGUCAAUUUGACUGAUGAUCAUUAAGAAAAAUUGAUUGGAAAUAAGGGAAGGUGGUUGAUUAGAACAGGCUGAUUAUAUAGGUAGGUUUUUUUGAAUUUAACUUUUGAAAGUUCUUUUUUCCAUUUGUACAUGAUAGUUCUAAUGAAUGAAGCAGGUAGCUUGCUCAA